AUGCCCUCAGAAGGGGUUGAUAGCCCCACGGGCAUCCUCGCCUGGUUUCCCCAGGGCCGCCAGGACUUGCCUGGAUGGCGGUUCGACGUCAUCACGCUUCUGGCCGUCAUCGGCGAGUCGAGCGUGGCCGAGCACGCCCAGACGCUAACGGCAUCGUCGCUGUGCCUGCUGCCGCGCAUCAUUCCGGCCCCGCAGGCGCUGCUGCGCGCCAACCGCCCGCCACGCCUGCCCGAGGUGACGGCCAAGAUGACGGGCGUCUACGGCGGCACCAACCUCGACACGGUCGGUUUCUUCGCCAACAUCAUGCACCCCCUGAGCGACCUGAAGGCCUUCUCCUUUCAGGUGCUCGAGAUCAAGCAUGCAGCCUCCGUCCGCCCCAUCGGAGCGCGUGCAGGUAGUACAUCGCAUCAGACACGCAAGGGGUUGCGGAGCUGGGUUGCAUGGGGCAGGAAAAAAGUGACGACGUCGUUCGGGAGUGAUGCUAAUGGGACGAAUGCGGCUGUUGAACUUGCGGAUGUGGGUGCCAAGGGCAGGGCUACCGGAGCGCAGCAAUCGGUUCACUUCGCCGAGGAGGACCCUGAGCGGGUGAUUCCUGGCCUAGGUCCCCCCAGGCGGACGGGCACCGCCAGGUCAAAGUUCACAGACGUUGUGACCAAUCCGACCAUGGUCAACAAGGAGGAGAGCUAUUCCGUCCCGCCGUCCUACUAUUCGCCUGUCCACAUGAUCAGCGUCUUCUCGUUCCUCUUGACCGUCGGCGUCCUGGUAGCUGCCGGCUUGUGGCGGGACGGCACCGCCGUCUUGGCCAUCUGUCUCAUCAGCCUCGCCGGCAGCGUCAUCUGCUACGCCUCACUGUGGCAGCCUGUCCUUAUGCAACGACGGACAAGCAGCCAGGUGCCCCCGGGGGACGUGGUGAUCCGCACACGCGCGGGCGCGUUCUUGCUCAUUCGAUGCACCGAGGAGGUGGCUAGGGAACUCUACUCGGGCACGGAAGAAUGCGAGUACGUCAGCAAAACAUACCACCGCGCCUUCAUGGGCUUGGGCAUGGUUCUUCUCAUGGUGUCGGUGGUGCUGUUGGGAAACUGCACGUGGGAGUCGCAAGUCUUGGUGGGAUCUUCGUACAUUAUUCUCAACGGGCUGUACUGGCUCAUGGGUCUACUUCCGCCGCGGUACUUCUGGGAUCUGAGCCGCUACGACGUCAGGGACGUCACGCCCGGGGAUGCAAAAAAUGCCGAGAUGAGUGAAAAGGACGACCCCCACGAGGGUACGGCCUCGUUCACGCGCACGCUGUGGUAUGCUAUCCGGGAGACCAAGCACGUCGCUUGGGCCGAAAGGAGCGGCGCUCUCCCGGGCACCGAGCAAUGGAAGAAGUGGUUAAGGGAAGCAAGAGACGCAGCAUGGAACAAUAACCGGAAAUGGGAGGCAGUCAAGAGGAAGAACGAAAUCAUGAAGGAGGACCUCGAUGCCCCGUCCCCGGUUGAAGUUGAUCAAGCCGCUCAGCAGGUGCCGCUACUCCAGGUGCAGCCGCCACCUCGCGGAGAUGGUCAGGGGACGGGCAUCUGA